ACAUGAAAUAUAUCAUGUGACAGGCAGUUGAUAUUCUCGUAACGCGACACAACGAUCCGCAAUCAUGUUGCUCAAAGCCGUGUUUUUUUCAUUGUUAGUUGCCGUUGCUUACGGCAGAGACAAUAAGUAUAAUGGGAAGCCAUACUGCUUCCAACCCGAGGGAGAGGGGAGGCCAGAGGUCAAAACCUACCCAAGAGCCUUUGAGCAGCCUUUGACAGCAGUGCCGAAAUCUUGGGAUUGGCGUAAUGUGAACGGAACUAACUACUGUGGUACCACUCGCAACCAACACAUUCCGCAGUACUGUGGGUCCUGCUGGGCUAUGGGUGCAACCAGCUCUAUCGCAGACCGGAUAAACAUUAAGAGGGGAGGGGCGUGGCCGUCCGCAUACCUGUCUGUCCAGCAUAUCAUCGACUGCGGCAACGCCGGCAGCUGUCAAGGAGGAAGCGACUACAAAGUAUACGAGUACGCUCACAGCCACGGUAUCCCUGAUGAGACCUGCAACAACUACCAAGCCAAAAACCAAGAUUGCGACCCCUUCAACUCAUGUGGCACGUGCACAACGUUCGGCGAGUGCAAGCAGCUGAACAACUUCACCCUGUGGAAGGUGGGGGACUAUGGCUACGUCAAGGGCAGGGAGGACAUGAUGGCAGAGAUAUACACCAACGGACCAAUCAGUUGUGGUAUAGAAGCAACUCCGGGCCUGGAGAAGUACCGUGGCGGGGUGUAUGCAGAAUAUAAAGCUACACCAUCGAUCAACCACGUCAUCUCGGUUGUCGGGUGGGGAGUGAACGCGACUGGCACCGAGUACUGGAUCGUCCGGAACUCCUGGGGACAGCCCUGGGGGGAGAGUGGCUGGUUUCAACUCGUGACCAGUGCCUUCAAGAGCGGUCAAGGAAACUCCUACAACUUGGCCAUAGAGACCCGCUGUGCAUAUGCCGAUCCCAUUGUACCAGCCAACUAUAUGCCUUAAUGACCUGGCUAUGCCGGAGCAUUAGAUGACGCCUUUACUAUCACAUAAUGUGCAAUCAAUAAGUCAAUAGUACCUCAGUGCGGAUAUACUGCAUAUAUGUUGUAUUUACCAUUCAGUCAACUUAUUCUUUACAUUUGCUACGAUUUAUUUAUGAAAUAAAUUUCUUCUUCUGUU